AUGCUUGUUGCAUUAGAUCAAGCUAUCGGUAGCUUAACUCGGAAUGACUUUCAAGACUGUUUUGCUGACUGGUUUGAUCGUAUGAAAAAGUGUAUUGAUGCUCAGGGACUAUACUUUGAAAAAAUAAAUUGAAACUAGACUCGACAUGUUUGCCUUAAAAGAUUUUGGAAGAAACUUUCCGAGUGCCCCAUGUAAGAUAGGCUCAUGCGAGCGAACAUUUGAAAUUUUAAUCAGAGAUGAACCGUCGGUAACAGAAAGAAGUCGCAUGGACUUAAGUCCGGGGA